CGGUUGUUUGGCGUGUGUGAUUUUCACGUUUCUCGUUUAAUUUCACGAAUAAUUUCGCUCGAAAAACGCAAUCUAUUACUAUAAAAUUUACCUAAAAGAUAUAAUUUACUUUUAAAUUGUGUAAUAAAAGUGUAUUAUGGCAGCGGUACAAGGACAACCUGGAAACAAGCCAUGGCCAGUACGACCGGGUCUUCAACACCAGAAUAGUCAAAAUGCACCAAGUUUAACGUUAAACAGGACGAUUAAUUUGUAUCCGUUGACUAAUUAUACAUUUGGGACGAAGGAACCGCUGUUUGAGAAGGAUGCGUCGGUGCCAGCAAGGUUUCAACGCAUGAGGGAAGAGUUCGCCAAAAUUGGAAUGAGAAGGUCAGUAGAAGGUGUUCUUCUAGUUCAUGAACACGGUCUGCCACACGUGCUGCUGUUGCAGCUGGGGACUGCAUUCUUCAAGUUACCUGGUGGAGAACUUAACCCUGGAGAGGAUGAAAUUGAAGGUUUAAAGAGGCUUCUAACAGAGACCCUGGGUAGGCAGGAUGGCGUUAAACAAGAAUGGCUCAUUGAGGACACAAUUGGUAAUUGGUGGCGUCCGAACUUCGAGCCCCCACAAUACCCCUACAUUCCCCCCCACAUAACAAAACCGAAGGAACACAAGCGGUUGUUCCUCGUACAACUUCAAGAUCGAGCCCUAUUCGCGGUGCCUAAGAACUACAAAUUGGUAGCGGCACCCUUAUUUGAACUAUACGAUAACGCCCAGGGGUAUGGGCCUAUCAUCUCUUCGCUAUCACAGAGUCUUUGUAGAUUUAAUUUCGUGUAUAUGUAAAUACACAUUUCGUGUAUACAGGGUCUUCUUAUCAACCCUGAAAACCUCUCACAUAUUUCUGCCAUUAAAAGUUGAUACAAAAUAGAAUAGUAACAGUUCGUGCCCAAACACGGACCAAGUGUGGGCAGUGGAUGGGUUUUAACAGUAUAAUAUUUACGUUUACAUCUUUGGAUAGGGAAAGUUUGCAUAUUACAUUUUGCUCUCACUAAGUUGACCGCAGCUACUUGCUCCAUACAGUAAUAUUCAUACCGUGGAGGUUUUUGGGAGGGGAUCACUCGGUGAAGUUUUGAAUUUGGUACGUUAAGUUAAUGAAGUAGUUGUUAAUAGCAUCUUUGCCCAAACCUAUUUCUGCUCAAAAUCUUUAUUCGAGGAAAAAGAAGCAAUCUCGCAAUGUAAGUAAAAUUAACGAACACAAAUAAAAAAGUCAUUUUAUGACUGAAUUUUCUAUCCUGAUUGAUAAAUAUUCGCAAUUUAAAUCCGAAAAAUAGAUUCAUUUCCAAAGUUUCAAAAUGUUAAUGUAAGUUUCAAUUCUACGUCGUCCAUAUGGUUUCAAUGCACAAUGAAAACUGACAGCGCCCAACGUGUAGGCAGGUCCACAAAACUCGUCUCCUUGACAUUGACCGUCUGUAUUGCUCUAGCGCUAGCCGUGUAUCAGUUUGCCUACGCUCGCGUUGGCUCAGGCUCGGUCAACAUAUAUUGCAGACU